CGGCCUCUGGUGCCAUUGUCGUCGGCUCCUCCUUUGACGGGGGAAGUGUGUUGAGUCCCCGAUUGAUUGGGAUUCGGGGUACUUGGUGUAUUCAAUUGUUUUCAUAACUGUUUUCUUGAGGAGACAAUAAGACAAUUCUUGCCAUUCAUCUGGCAAUACAACCAGGUGUUUAUAUGGUACGAGGAUAUAUGUGAGAAUCACGAAUGAUUCAGACAGAAAUUGGGGAUGAGAAUAGGAGAAUUAGGGUUGAGAAUUGGGAAUUGAGGAGAAUUGGGUUGAGAAUUGAGAGAUAGAAGAGGAAUUAGGGAUUUAGGGUUUUGAUAUUAUUAUUGCUUAAUCGAAAUAACAAGUCUUUGCUGCUUAAAUAGUUAUCUCCCCAAUAACAAAUAAGUGACCAAACUACCCUCCCUAGGCCGAGUCGGCCCUUGCGCCCGUGCUGGUCACACUCCCUUCCCCUUCAGAACCGAGCUUGUCCUCAAGGUCAAAAGCAGGAUAGUUUUGACGAAAGGUCUCUGUAUCCUCCCACGUCGCCUCCUCCGGUCCGAGGUGUCUCCACUGGAUAAGACUCUCCGCCACGCGGCGCUUGCCCCUCUUCGGCCAGCGAGUGUCGAGCACGGCCUCCGGCUCCAGCUCUAACCCGCCGUUUUCAGGGGUGAGAAUUGAGUUCGAUUAGAGAGGGGGUUACGAUACAAACUCUUUGGAUUGAGAGGUUUAAAUAAAUUUUUUGAGUUAUUUUAUUUUUGGUUGAAUUAUUAACAAAAAAAGAAUAAUGAUGUGACGACCAUGCAUCAGUCAGAUUAGCAGUUUUUUUUGCUCAAUCAUUAACGGUGAAUAUAAUUAAACCUUAGUAUUGAUGAUCAAUGCAGAUUUUGUAUUAAAUUAGCCCAUUUCUUUAAAAAAUUGAUCAUAAGUAUUAUUUGAAAGUUUAGUGCAAAAAUAUCAUCUAGGUCAAACUUUGGAACAAAAUAGGACAUUAUCCCCAAAUAAAUCAAAAUGGAACCCUUCUCUCACCCCGAAAAGAAAGACAAAACGAGAAACACAAAUCCGUAACGGACGGUGGAGAUGAGAUAUGUAUGGUCACUGGAAAAGCAAGGGCCGGCGGAUUAGUCUGUUCGUGGCUAUAAAUGCGCGGGAAUCGUGCUGACGUGUCGAACUCUCGAGAGUUCUCCCGAAGCUAUUACUUCUCUUUUCCUAUACCAGAGACGGCGGCGAUAGCACAAUCCUUUUAACUGCCAACUAGAGCUGCCACUUCCAGAUUUCCGACGAAGCGAGUAGAAGCGCCGACAUCCAACCGGCUCUCCGAUCCCACUGAUAGUCUCACAAUCCCAGAGUAAGUCUGUCUUCCCCUCUGUUUCAUUACGCAUUCCGAUCGAUCCCAAUUUGUUCAAGCUUGAACCUCCUCCCCUUUGCAACUGGUCGGCUGGCUGAGUUCCGAUCUAGUGCGAUCUCUCAUCAAUUGGUUCCCCUACUUCUCGGCGAAGAGGGGGUAAUGUGAUUUCCCCUCUUAUGGUUAGGCCAAUCUUGAAAGUUCUGUUGCAGUUAUUUCUCUUUUUUGGGGGUUCUUGGCUGGCGAUCAGUUUAGGUUCUCUUUAAACCUGUCCCCUUAUCUGAUAAUGUACGGAUUUUUGCGGUUUCCAGGCCUGUCAAUUGACCUGUUGGGAUUCUUGGUAUCGGGGGAAUUGAGUUCUAUACCUGUCUGAUCUUAGUGGCACUCACUUCUUUUUCAUUUUGUAGAUUUUCGGAUCUUGAAGACAGAUUAGGGCAGGAUAUAUUGUCUUAGAAGGCUGCUGGAAACAUGAGCUUUGUUUUUCGUGGUAGUAGAGGAGACAUUGAGAGUGGAUUCUCUGGGUUUAUGACCGAGCGACCUGCAGUGCGUAUUCAUGGAGCGGCAGCGGCAGGUCGGCCGGUCAGUUCAAAUUCCAUGGCUUUUCUUGCCACAAUUCUGCUUCUGUUCAUGAUCUUGAAUUCGCAUCAGAUGUCACCAAACUUCUUGCUUUGGUUAGUUGUGGGUGUUUUCCUGAUGGCCACUAGCCUCAGAAUGUACGCAACCUGUCAGCAACUUCAAGCACAGGCACGAGCUCAUGCUGCAGCAGCUAGUGGCUUGCUAGGUCAUACUGAACUCCGAUUACAUAUGCCUCCAUCAAUUGCUUUUGCUACAAGAGGGCGAUUACAAGGACUCAGGCUUCAGCUUGCGCUUCUUGACCGCGAAUUUGAUGACCUAGACUAUGAUGCCCUUAGAGCAUUAGACUCUGACAAUGUUCCUUCUGCUCAUUCAAUGAGUGAGGAAGAGAUCAAUGCCUUGCCUGUUCAUAAGUACAAGGUCCCAAGAUCGGAGAUAGGCAGUGCAUCUGGGCCAGAGUCAUCAUCCUCAUCCGUUAAAGCGGAGACAAAGCAAGAGGCUGGAAAGGUAGAAGGAAACGCAAAAGCUUCAGACGACGAACUUACAUGCUCAAUUUGUUUGGAGCAAGUUAGCCGGGGUGAACUUGUUCGGAGCUUGCCGUGUUUGCAUCAGUUCCACACCAACUGUAUCGACCAAUGGCUCCGGCAACAAGGAACGUGCCCCGUUUGUAAAUUUCGGAUGGGGACAGGCUGGCAGGAUUCCAGAGGAAGUGAUUCGGAUGGGUCAGACAAUGUUUAACGCGACUGCUUCAAGUAACGCAUCUGUAUAGCAAUAGCAAAUUAUAUAUACCUAAGUGUACCCAUCUUCCAUUUUGUUUCUGUUGCAGCGUAUGAUCCAAAAAAAUAAACUGGUAUUUAGGUAGUCCCAAGUCUUAGCCUUUCUGCAGCAGGGCAUAGAUUGAAGAAGCUUCAUUUCUCCUGAAAUUCUGUUAGGUCUCUGCAUAUUUUCUGUUGGUGCCCAUCACCUAAUAAAAUCAGUUAAAAUGACUUUACAUGUGUGUCACUUUGCCUUGUUCUCUUCUCUAUCGAGUUUUUUUGCCCGUUUGUCAUUUCGCAUUUCGUCAUUUCCCGCAUCAUCAUUAUCAUUGUACUUGGCCAAAGGGAUAUUGAUCAGAAGAAUUGUGGUGGAGUUUACAAAAGUCAACUUGUAUAAGGAAAUAGACAUAACAGCAUGAA